UUCUUUUUUACAACACAAAUAUUUAUAAAAAACAAAUAGGAUACAAAAAGUGAAGCCAAGGCAAACAACAUAAAAUAAUGAAGAAGGCAGCAGAAUUCGUGAAGCAUAUAAUAAACAUGCUGGCUGAUCUUGCCAAGGACAAGACGAAGGAGCUAAAGAGGAAGACAAGAGCCUUUAAGACCCGUCUUGUAAUAUUCUCCCUGCUCCACAACAGAAACAUGAUGGUGAGCUCUUUGUCUCACAAGCUCAAGGCCAAAGCAACGUCAAGAAAGCUAGAUGAUGGUGGUAAGGAUCUGGAACACAAUAAAAACAUGGUGGUGGUGUAUAGCCACAACGCCAUGUCAAGCACUCCCGCUGCCUCCCCGCAAUAUUUACAAUAUGUGGAGGAGGAAGAGGAUGAAGAAGAAGAAGAGGAGGAGGAGGAGGAGGAGGAGGAAAAGUAUCCAGACCUAAGACACUCGCUGUUUGAGGCAGAAGGUUCGGUGAUAGACAUGGUGAAACACUCCAAGGAGGACAAGGGAGAAGAGUUUCGGUUGGAAGACGAGAUCGACAAAGUGGCUGAUCUUUUCAUUACCCGAUUCCACAGACAGAUGUGGUUGCAGAAGAAGCUCUCUCUCGAGACUCAAGAUACAUCCUCCUCCUGAUUCAAAACUUUAAUAGUGACCCCAUUCUCAUAUACAUAACGCCUUUAAUUUUGUUUUUUCAGUGGCUUUUUUUCUUUUAUUAGGGCGGAGGACGCAUUAAUGAUCCUUUUAGAUUUUGUUUUGCGUACGUAGUAGUGAAAUGAAAACGGGACGUAUAUUAAUUAGCAAAAAGGAAAACGAGAACGUAUACACGCAUGAUUACUAAUUUACUUCAACCUGUACCUAACAAGGUCCAGUCAUAGUUUGUUCAUGCUUCCUGACCGUGACCGAUAAUAAAG